AUUUACUAAGGUAGGAACAAAAGUACAGCGGAACCUUUAGUGCAACACGAAGAGAUGGGGAAUGAUUUGAGUGUGACUCACCCUGGGAAUGUAAACAAAUCUUUCAGCCGACUAAUCAUUUUCUGAUACUGUGUCAUGAAUACCAUGAAAUAAGAAACUUUGAAGCCGACAUGUACUUCUGAUGGUUGGUUGAAUUAGUAGUCGACACAUCGCUGACAUGUCGGUUAACCGUUUAAAAAAGAUGUACUAUAAUCCCUGGAUCUACACACCAGUGAGGACUGUCCUUGCAAUCUGGAGGCAGCUAACUAAGACAGAGAUCCCAGAGCUGACAAAGUGCUCUGUGCUGAUAAAGGAGCGCAGCAGAGUUGAGGAGACCAUCCACGCCAUGCAGCGAGCAGGUGCAGGCCGCCUGCAGGUGAUCUCAGACUUCGAUAUGACACUAACCAGGUUUGCCCACAACGGCAAAAGAGUCCCUACGACACACAACAUCUUGGAUAACCGGUUGUUGCUCAGUGAAGAUUGCACUAAAAAGAUGAAGGAGCUGUUGAAUACAUACUACCCUAUUGAGAUUGACCCUAGCAGGACUACUGAAGAGAAGUUGCCUCUCAUGGUAGAGUGGUGGACUAAGGUCCAUGCGCUGCUGAUCCAGCAGAGGAUCAGAAAAGACCUGCUGGCCCAGGCUGUCAAGGAAUCUGGCGCUAUGCUAAGGGAUGGCUACAAAGCAUUUUUCGACCAUCUGACGGAGCAACAGAUCCCUCUGUUGAUCUUCUCGGCUGGUGUUGGUGACGUCCUCGAGGAGGUGAUUCAACAGAACCAAGUGUUCCAUCCCAAUGUUCACAUCAUCUCCAACUACAUGGACUUUGACCAAACUGGCGCCCUGCAAGCCUUUAAAGGCCAGCUGAUCCACACCUUCAAUAAGAGGGAAGGUGCUCUGUCGCAUGCAGCCAGCUUCACAGAGCUGCAGGGGCGACCCAACGUGCUGCUGCUGGGAGACUCUUUGGGAGACCUAACGAUGGCGGACGGAGUUUCCGAGCAUGAGAACAUCCUUACCAUUGGCUUCCUCAAUGACCAGGUGGAGGAGAGAAAAGAGUCGUACAUCAACUCCUUUGACAUCGUGUUGGUGAAAGAUGAAACGCUGGAUGUUCCUAAUGCCAUCCUCACAUAUAUUACCUCAUUAAGAGACAACAAAUAAGAUGCAAAAGGAGGAUCUGGACCCUUUGUGACCACGUACGCAAGGACAGAUCUGUUCACUCCAUUUGGCAUGUUGCACACUGGACAACCACACUUCAUCACUUACCUCAAACCAGAACUUGAACCUGGAUCUUUUUGCUCCAAAGCUGUAUGCUUGGACACAUGGUUCAGUCCACAUGCUCAAUAGUUCACAGGAAUCUGUGGUGCUCACUUUUCUGAAGUUUGUCACAUCAGGUUUGCGACAUUCACUUUUUCUUACCAUCUUUGCAUCAGGUCUAUAGCGGUCACUUUUUCCUGAUGAUUUUACUUCAGGUCACUUACGACAAGUCUUGUUAUUUUUACAAUCUCAGCAUUUUGAAUUGUGUGUGUUUCAAAGUAGACCUACCAACCUCAAACUGUUUAAACGUCUAAAGUAGAUUCUGCAUUUUCAACUUAAUUUAGAACAAUCUUGAAUAAAUACUAGUGUUGCAGUUGCACAGACUAUUAGAACUAUUAAACUCAGUGAAACUUUUCUUCCUGCUCCAGGACGUCUAAUUAAAAGCAGGAGAAAAUAUAAUGCAACUUUUCGAGUUUUCGAGUGCAAAAGUAUAGCUAAGCCCGCUUUGGAAAAAACAAGCAUCCUUUUUAGUGUAUCUAAUUUUCUUUUCUGUUUUAACGUACUUACAACUUUUAAAUGAAGCCAAUGUGUGAACAAAGAUUCAUAACACAUUUUAAAAAUGUCUCCAUCCUUUAAGUCUUUCAUUUCAUAAUGACACAUUUCUGUUGUGUUUUCUGUGUACUGUUAAUUACCUCUGUGUACACUCCAAGUACUUGAGUAAAUCCUUAAAGGGGGGUGCUAUUGUUGAACUACUAUGCUGGUCAUGGACUGGCCAUAACAAACACUUUUUUUUUUUAGCAUAUGGUGAUUAAUAAUAGUACCUGGUACUAAAACACCCCUGGCCAAACAUCAAUGAUGGAAUUUGAUCUUUGGUCGGACUUGGUGAACCAAAAAACCUCAAGUGAAUUUGAGCUGAAAAUAUCAGGAUCCACAAAGUCUUCAACUCCCACCUUUCAAAGAAUUUCCUGUGCAUCUCUAAUCUCUACCAUCUCCAAAUCCUCUACUAUGGAGGCAGCUGCCAGAGAUGGGUGCCAGCAGGAUGUCAGUACUAACCUUGGCACUUGCUGGGCGACCUCAGCAGAGAGGAAAGCCUGACAGAGCCUUUUAGACUUGACAAGCCCAAGAGUCUCCUGAGUCAGAAGACAGUUAAAGUAAGGCUCAUUAGAUUAAUAGAUGGCCGUAUAUUAUAUUGUAGCUUUUACAGUCUGCUAGGGACAGAUCAGUAUUUUUCUAGAUGAAUACAAGGAUCUAAUAAUCUUCCACAAAUAUCAACACUAUACCAUUGCACAUAUUUUAUCCUAGUCCAUGUGAUGAGGAUGAGAUUUUCAGAUGGUUCAUCUUUAAAAUAUCACCCUCUAUGUAACAAAGACUAUAAUACAACUGUUUCAAACUACUCUUGACCCUUCAAGACACAAGAGUCACAUGCACAUGUUUGGGGAUGUUCUCUCAAUCAUCAUCUUUUGCAUUAUCAUGUCUGUUGUAUUCUCAGCUUCCAACACAGCCUGUAAACAGACAGAUGCAGGACCUCAGGACCCAGUUCUCAUUUUAUUGAUGAUAUUUUGCAUCAGGUCCACUUAGGUGUUUUGUUUCUAUGAUUGGUGCCACAGGUCAAUAAUACUCAUGUCAGGUCUGUGCUGGUCACUUUUUUGAUCAUGUUACCUCAGGUCCACGAUGUGAACUUCUUCAAAGAUUUUCACCUCAGGCUCAUGGUGGUCAUAUCAGGUUCAUUGCAGACACUUUUGAUUUAUUCUCACAUCAGGUCUUUUUAUUUAUUUAUUUAUUUUUGCAUCAAGUACACAGUGGUCAACAAAUUAUGCAAAUUUACGUCAGAUCUGCAGUGGUCACUUUUUUCGAUAAUUGUAGCGCAAGGCUAACUUCGCUCCCUUCUUUGAUAAUUUCUGCAUCAAGUCUGUGGUUGUCACUUUGUUCGAUGAUUUUACAUGUUAGGUCCGCAGUUUCCUCUUUGAUUACAUUACUGUCAGGUCCACAGUGGUCAUUUUUCUCAUUGAUUGACACAUCUGCAUAGCUUGUGCUUUCAACAAAAAUCCCUCAGGUUAACGUUGGUCACCUUUUCAAUGACUUUUGUUUCAGGUCUGUGGUGGCCUCCUCUUUAAUGAUUUUCUCCUCAGGUUGAGAGUGGUCACUACUUUGCAAUAAUUGUUGCGCCUGAUCCACUGUGAUCCCUUCCUUGAUGAUUUUGCAUCAGGUGCUGGGUGGACACAUGGUUCAGUCCACAUGCUCAAUAGUUCACAGAAAUCUGUGGUGCUCACAUUUAUGAAGUUUGUCACAUCAGGUCUAUAGCGGUCACUUUUUCUGAUGAUCAUGCGUCAGGUACUUGUGCUGUAUUUUUUAUGACUUUCAUGUUGGGUCCACAGCGCUCACUUAUUGUGGAUGAUUUUCAUGUCAACAUCAUCGUAUUCACUUUUUUUGUUGAUCUUACGUUAGGUCAGAGUGGUCGCUUUUUAAAAUUAUUUUAAUAAUUAGCAGAGAUAAUACAUACCGCUGUGUCCACAAGGGGGCCUUAAAGUUACCACAAACUGAAAGUUCCUCACUGGAGCUUUAGUAAUUUGAUUCAGUGCUAAGUAUUAUCAUUUUGAAAUGUAACCACUUGAAAUAAAACUUAUAUUUUUGAGAUUUCAAUUGAAUGUUAGAUGUGACCAGAUAAUGAAAUUCGUUUUAAAGUUACUACUUUAAAAUGAAUACCUAAAAAAAAAUGUUCUUAUAAAAUUGAACAUUAAAGUUAGAGUGAACUCCUAAACUUUUAUGUUUUUAUGUCUUUUUUUGGGUCAAAAGAUCUAUUUUUAAAAAUGUGAACUCUGUAGUAGAGAGGUGUGGGAUACUUCUGAUGUAAGCAUAUGAAAAUAUAACAAAAUUGUUUUUGAGUUGUACCAGAAUGGCAAACAAUCAACCUAGAAAUGAAAUAUUUCACCAUGAGCCAUCAACACAAGUUAACAUCAGACUCACUGUCAUAAUGAUCAUAAGUCAAUCACUGCUGACAUCAGUUCAACUAUCUGUCCAGUAACUACAAUAAAUGAGUACAAUAAU